CCGCGGACAUGAGGUGCACUAUGACUUGUGAACGUUGACCCUAUGGUUCAUGGCAUCUGCUCUGCUUGUAUUCAUCCGUUAUAUCGUUGCACACUUUCGUUCGGUAGCUGGCAGUUGAAUCUGUUUUACUACCACUCCUUUGCGAGUAACCUUCCGUUUGCCUAUCACCCUGGGUCUUUUCUGAUCGAAAUCGAUGACGUAGAGAGGGUCCAUCACACACUCUUUGACAACCUCUUUCUUGCUUUGAUCCACAUUUCGAUAAAUAUAAGGAAGAGGCCUCAUAAGGAAUACCGAGGUACGGAAUGGCAAACCAACCCCACCCUUUACAGCGGCUCUCCUCGCCUCCAGGGAGCUUCUCAGCCCUCGUACAUGCCAUCGGUCUUUUGUCAUACUCAUGCAGCUUUUGGUACCUUCAGCAGUUCCCAACCGAAAUUCACUUCGGGUUUGGCGGUGACUUCAACUUCUCAGCCAUCAAUGGGCUCGCUUUAGCGACGGCAACGUUUGCCUUUGGCCUGUUGGCCGAUCUCACUCUGAGCCCUCGGCUCUUUGGCAUCAAAAAUGUUCUCUCAGUGUGUUCAACACCCUUGGAAGUUCUGAUCAGCAUUCUGUACUGGAGCAUAAGUGCCAUUGACAAGUCCCUCCUUUUCCCACCAGAGUUCGCACUUCUAUUCCUCCCAGAUUUUGGAUUUCAUGCGAUGCCAGCCGUCAUGUUAACGAUGGAUCUGAUACUACUCAGUCCUCCUUGGACCAUCAGAGUUUACAGUGCUCUGGCUCUCAGUACCUGCUUGGCAUUUCUAUACUGUGGGUGGGUUGAAUAUUGCUUUGAGCAAAACGGAUGGUACCCGUAUCCCAUGUUUGAGCUGCUCAAAACUUGGCAGAGAAUGAUUCUCUUUUCAGUCUCAGCCGGGCUCAUGACGACGAGCACACUGGCUCUAAAGUGGCUGUACGGUAAGAUUAACGGUAUUGAACAGUUCAAUAAGGAAGCUCUUCAUCCCAUCAAGACGGAUUGA